AUGCAGGUGGCCAUGGUGUACAACGGCAGGAGCAGCGGCCGGUACGAGGCGGGCGGGUACGGGGCUGGCGGCGGCGGUUACCCGCGCCGCGACUCCAGCCUGCGCCGCUCCGGCGGCAGCACGUUCGGUGCCAUCGACCUGGGCGGCGGCAGCGGCCGCCAGCAGUACUCCGGCCCCAGCGUCAGCCCCUGGGCCUCCGGACAGGGCCCCAACCGGCACAGCUGGGGAGGCGGUGGCGCCCCGGCCUUUGACAGGCGAGACACGUUCGUGAGCCCGCCGCGCGGCCGCGCCACCUUCCGCGGCCGCGCCUCCACGCGCAGCCGACCUUUCAGCCGCGGCGCCGCCACCGCCGGCCGCGGCGCCGCCAAAUCAGCCGCCGACAAGCAGAGCGUGGGCAAGAAGAAGGAGGGCAAGAAGGGCGUGAAGACCACGCAGGAGGCGAUCGAUGAGGCGAAGGCGGCCGCCCUGGAGAAGCAGAUGGAGGCUAGCGGCGACGGCACCAAGGGUGCCGGGGGCGCGGAGCUGCUGGUCAAGAAAGAAGACGGCGGCGCCGCCGCCGCCACCGAAGACGGCGACAAAGCGGCCGAAGUUGCCACUGCCGACGGCAAGGAAGGUGACGCUGCCGCCGCCGCUGGCAAGGAGGGCGAGGCCAAGCCGGCCGACGCCAAGAAGCCGAACGACGCUAAAAAGUCUACCGGCAAGGCGGCGGCCAAGCUGCAGCGCGAGCGCAUCCUCAGCGAGUACCUCAAUUGCUCGGUCUGCAACGUGUCGAACAUGGGCAGCGAGAGCUCGUUCAACGAGCACGUGCGCGGCCGCAAGCAUCAGCUGAUGAUGGAGCUGAUGGAGCAGAAGCUGGAGCAGAGCGCCAAGCUGAUCCGGGUCGAGAUCCAGAUGGCAAGCAAGCGGGCAGAGCUGGAGCUGCAGCGCCGCAACCUCAAGGCCGGCCUGGCCCAGCCUAAGGAGCAGGGCUACUGCGGGAUGUGCAACGUGCGGGUCUACCUGGACAUCAACGAACACCGCGCCAAGGAUUCGCUGCAUGCCAAGCUGAAAAAGUUUCUGCAUCCGCGCUGCUGCAAUAUGGGAUUCGACACUCCCGUGCUUUACGAGAAACAUCUGCUGUCGUUCACUCACUUCAGGAAGACCCAGCAGGUGGACAAGGAGAACGCGGCCGCCGGUACGGGCGCCGUGGUCGUGGUCGGAGACGUGCCGCCGCCGGACCCUGCCGCCGCCGCCGCCCCUGACGGAGAGUCGGCGACCAAGGAGAACGGCGAGGCGGCCGACGGCGCGGAGGCGGCCAUCGAGGAGAAGCCCGAGGAGGUGCCGGUGGCGUACGACGAGACGGUGGCGGUGGGCGUGCGCACCGGCCAGCCGUUUGCUGGCACGUACUGCCCGGCGUGCCGCAUCGCCACGCCGCCGGAGCACUGGCUCGAGCACUGCCGCGGCCGGAUGCACUUCAACCGGUACGUGGCCAAGCGGCAGAUGGACGAGCGCGCCCGCCAGGAGGCGGCCGAGGAGGCCGAACACCAGGUGGUGGUGCAGGAGACCGAAGAAGAGCCAACUGCCGCCGCCGACGCCGCUGCUAACGGUGGGAAGCGUGGCGUCAAGCGGCCAGCCGAGGACGAGGAGGGCGGCGAAGUGAAGAAGGCGGCAGUCGAGGAGCCGGCCAGCCUAGACAAGGUGCUGGACGAGAUAAACGACGAGUUGGACGCUACGGUCAAGACGGAGCCGGCACCGGCCGACAGCGAGGAGCAGCCAGAAGGCACGGACGAGCCCGCCGAGGCAGCGGCUGACAAGCCUGCGAUCCCGGCCCCGGAAGCGGCGCCGGCCGACCAGGAGACCGCGGCCCCUGCUGCUCCAGCAGCCACCGGACCGAACCUGUACGUGCUCCGGCCGGUGUUCCAGACGGGACCGAACCUGUACGUGCUCCGACCGGUGUUCCAGACGGGACCGAACCUGUACGUGCUCCGGCCGGUGUUCCAGACGGGACCGAGCCUGUACGUGCUCCGGCCGGUGUUCCAGACAGGAUCAAACCUGUACGUGCUCCGGCCGGUGUUCCAGACAGGACCGAACCUGUGCGUGGUCCGGCCGUUGGCCAGAGGUGUGCCGCGUGGCAGACGGCCGCUACUGCCGCUCUCAGCUGGCCAGAGGUGUGCCGUGUGGCAGACGGCCGCUGCUGCCGCUCUCAGCCGGCCAGCCCUGUCACGUCACGAGGCGGCUGCCGAAGACGGCCCCCGGCUCUGA